AUGGGACUGGCUGUGGUGCUCCGUGAUUCAGAGGGAAAUAUGCUGGCGGCAAGGUGUGAAAUGCGAAGGGGCUGUCUUCCUCCAGCUGCGGCAGAAGCACAGGCCCUGUUAUUGGCAAUUUCUUUGUGUCGCGAGAUGGGUCUAGAGCGUGUGCAGCUGGAAGGUGACGCAAAAACGGUGAUUGAUGCGGUUUCUUCAACGGAAAUAGACUAUAGCUGGAUGGGGCACAUUACGGAGGACAUCAAACUGGAAUUGAAUUUUUUGGUUCAUUCGAGAGUAUCCUUUGUAAAGCGGGAAGGAAAUAAAGUAGCCCAUAGCCUUGCUAAGUAUGCUGUUAGGAACUGUAUUUCUAAAAGUUGGCGGGAUGUUCCCCCUGCUUGUAUUUGUGAUAUGUUAGCACUAGAGCAUUCUGCUUUAGUUGCUUGA